AUGGUCAAAACAAGAAGUGCAAUUGUUGAAGUCGAAGAAGUCUCGGAUCAAUUUAUUUCACCAUUUUUUCUUGUUCCCAAAUCUGAUGGGCAACAAAGAUUCAUUUUAAACCUAAAAGAACUGAAUACUUUUAUUGACACGGAGCAUUUCAAGCUCGAGGAUCUUAGAUCCGCGUGUAAUUUACUGGAACAUGGUAUUUUUAUGGGCACAAUCGAUCUCAAGGACGCAUAUUUCUUGAUUCCAGUAUGCGAAAUUCAUCGUGAUUCGAUUGAGGAAUGCAGUGAAAACCUUUGGCAAACUAUCAAGUUACUAGAGUCAUUGGGAUUCAUCGUAAAUUUUGAGAAGUCUAACUUAGAACCUGGAACAAAAUGUAAAUAUUUAGGGUUUAUUCUAAAUUCAUCCGCGAUGAGGGUUGAGCUUCCACAAGAUAAAAAGAUCUUGAUGCAGUUACAGAUCGAGAAUCUAAAGAAGAAAAAGACGAUUAAAAUCCGUGAUUUUGCCAAAGUUGUUGGUUCAAUAGUAGCUUGCUGUCCAGCAGUGGAGUAUAGUCUGCUACACUGCAGGCUUUUUGAGAGAGCUAAGGUUCAAGCCUUGAGUAAGAGUGGCGGUUGUUUCGAGGCCUCUAUGGAGAUACCGAGGUUUACCCUGGUAGAUUGGGAUUGGUGGCUGAAAGUUUUGCCAAACGCUAGUAAGAAGAUAAGAAACAGUCAGUAUGAGAUGAUAAUUUAUUCAGAUGCCUCGUUGACUGGAUGGGGUGCUUUUUGUGGCGGUGAAAGCGCCAAUGGGUUAUGGAGCAAAGAGGAGAGAAUUCUCCAUAUAAAUCAUUUGGAACUUAAGGCUGCCUUAUUAGCCUUGAAAUGUUUUGUUACUGAGUUACGUGGCAUAAAUAUAUUGUUGAUGGUUGACAAUACGACGACGAUGGCUUACAUUAAUAGGAUGGGCGGUGUCCGAUAUUCUGAUCUUCAUAAAUUGGCAUGUGAGUUUUGGAACUGGUGUGAAAGCCGUCAGUUAUGGGUUCACGCAACGUACAUUCCCUCAAAAGAAAAUGUUGAGGCAGAUUAUUCGUCGAGGAUUGAUAACUCUGAUACAGAGUGGGAAUUGGCAGACUAUGCAUUUACAGAAAUUGUUAAAAUUUUUAAUGAGCCAGAGAUCGAUUUGUUCGCUUCACGGAUUAAUGCUAAAUGUUCGGUAUACUGUUCUUGGAAAAGAGAUCCGGAUGCUUUUGUUUUUGAUGCAUUUACGAUUGAUUGGUCUGAUUGGAUAUUUUAUGCCUUCCCCCCAUUCUCAGUAAUAGCUAAAGUAGUUAAAAAAAUUAAAGAUGAUAAGGCAGAGGGGAUUUUAGUAGUACCCUAUUGGCCUACUCAGAUCCCACAAACACCCGCUGGCAGCGAAGCUUACCCUGGUUGCCGCGAAGUUAUCAGCAAAGCAUUGUUGAUCAAGGGUACGCCGAUGGAAGCGAUUAACAUCUCUUUAGCUUCUUUGGAAGAAUCGACCUUGAAACAAUACAAUGGUACUUUGAAACUUUGGUGGCAAUGGAAUAAGCAGGUCAAUGAAAAUCCAUAUGUGGGAUCGGUGGAGAAGAUUCUCAAGUUUUUGUCAGAGAGAUUUAGUGACGGCGUUGGGCAUAGUGCGUUGAACUCUGCUAGAGCUGCGCUUUCGUUACUAUCAAAUGAAGAUAUUACUAACAAUAGAUUGAUAAGUCGUUUUAUUAAAGGGUCAUCCAAGAUAAGACCCAGUUUGCCUAAGUAUGACUCGACUUGGGAUGUGGAUCCGGUGUUAAAGAAGCUAGCGACAUGGUUCCCGCUAAGUGAGUUGUCCUUGAAGAAAUUGACAGAGAAGCUCGUAGUUCUUCUAGCCUUAGGAACUGCCCACCGUUCUCAAACGUUAGCUCUGAUUAAUAUCUCGAAUAUCAUGAUUUUGGAGUCAAGAAUCGAAAUCCGUAUUCCAGACAAGAUAAAGACUUCUCGACCAGGAGCUUCACAACCAGUCCUGAAGUUCCCAUUUUUCUUAAACAAGCCAGAAUUGUGCAUCGGUAAAACCUUGAUCCAAUAUUUAGCUGUGACAAAAAGUCUUCGAGGUAAUAUUGAUUCGCUUUUUAUCUCCGUGCAUAAACCACACAAAGGAGUUAAAAGUGAAACAAUCAGUCGCUGGAUAAGAGCGACGUUAGAGCAAUUAGGCGUCGAUAAGAGGUUCACAGCGCAUUCCACGCGACACGCGUCAACAUCAAAGGCAUACGAGAGAGGUGUGCGCAUUGAGGAAAUUAAAAAAGUAGCUGGUUGGUCCCGGGAGUCAAAAGUAUUUGCUAAGUUCUACCAUCAGCCAAUUAUUACUGAAAGCAAUAAUUUUGUGGAGUCCGUGUUAUCAUCGAGUACAAAUGGAUGA